AUGGAAAUUGAUCUGAACCAUGCAGUGAAUGAGGUGGAGAGGACGACUGCAGUUUGCGAUUGGGAGGGUGACAAACUGAACUGUUUGUCCUUUUCAUCAUCUUUUUCAUGUUCUUCAAACUUAGCAUCACCACCAUGUCCAUCCUCUUCCAUUUACUUGGAGCUUUGGCAUGCUUGUGCCGGCCCCCUCACUUCACUCCCCAAAAUGAGAAAUCUUGUUGUUUACUUCCCUCAAGGUCACUUGGAACAAGUGGCUACUGUGUCUCCUUUCUCUCCUUUGGAAAUGUGCACCUUUGAUCUCCCCCCUCAAAUCUUCUGCAAAGUGGUGAACGUCCAGCUUCUUGCCAAUAAGGAGAAUGAUGAGGUCUAUACACAAGUCACUUUACUUCCUCAACCGGAGUUGGGAGGAGGGCCUAAUUUGGAGAGCAAGCAGCUGGAUGAACUAGCUGCGGAUGAAGGAGAUGAUGGAUCUCCUAAAAAAUCAACCCCUCACAUGUUCUGCAAGACGCUAACCGCGUCGGACACCAGCACUCACGGAGGGUUCUCCGUUCCUCGUAGAGCUGCAGAAGACUGCUUUCCGCUGCUGGAUUAUAAACAGACGAGGCCGUCACAAGAACUUGUUGCCAAGGACCUGCAUGGAAUUGAGUGGAGGUUUCGACAUAUAUAUAGGGGUCAACCGAGGCGACAUCUCCUUACUACAGGCUGGAGUAUUUUCGUGAGUCAGAAGAAUCUUGUUGCUGGGGAUGCAGUGCUCUUUCUGAGGGGUGAAGACGGCGAGCUUAGGUUGGGAAUUAGGAGAGUUGUACGACCAAGAAAUUGCCUCCCUGAAUCAGUUAUCAUGAAACAGAAUUCGUAUCCAAAUGUUCUUUCUCUGGUGGCGAAUGCAUUAUCCACUAAAAGCAUGUUUCAUGUCUUCUACAGCCCAAGGGCCAGUCAUGCAGAGUUUGUUGUACCCUUUCAGAAGUAUAUCAAAAGCAUAACAAAUUCAGUGUGCAUUGGAACAAGAUUCAAAAUGAUUUUUGAAAUCGAUGAUUCACCCGAGAGAAGGUUUAGUGGUGUAGUGACAGGAAUGGGGGACUUGGAUCCUUACAAAUGGCCCAAUUCAAAGUGGAGAUGCUUAUCGGUUCGGUGGGAUGAAGAGACUGUGAUCGAUCGCCAGAGAGUCUCACCUUGGGAAAUCGAUCCUUCUGUUUCUCUCCCACCUUUGGGUAUUCAAUCUUCACCAAGGUUGAAGAAAAUGCGAACAUGUCCGCAGGCUGUUGCUCCUGACACCCCCAUCAGAGGGGGGAAUAGAUUUUUGGACUUUGAGGAAUCUUUAAGAUCCUCUAAGGUCUUGCAAGGUCAAGAAAAUGUAGGUUUCGUAUCAUCCUUACAUGGACAUGAUACUGUAAACCUUCAGCUAGAUUUUGAGAUGCAAUCUCCUGUCGGUCAUCAAAGUCUGGCAUCAACAGGGAUCGAAAAGUGUAAUAUUAGCGAUUAUAUGAGGGUUCGCCCCACUGCUUAUGCAGGCUUUGCGGAAUCUAAUAGGUUUCCGAAGGUCUUGCAAGGUCAAGAAAUUUGCCCGUUAAGAUCCCUGACACAAAAGGCCGAUCUCAACCUUGGUGUUUGGGCGGAAACCAAUCUCGGUUGCAAUUCUUACAACAUGCAUCAAUCACAGAAAACCAAUUGCUAUCCACUAGCAUCGGAAGGCCUACGAAGUAUGUAUUUUCCUUAUAGUGAAUUUUACAAAACCGGCCAGGAACCGACAGUGAGCUCUUAUCCAUCUCCAAUUCUGAGAGGUAAUGUCCCAUUCAAUGCCUCGAUCAAGACAGGGGUAGGGGUUCUCGUGGACGGGGUCAGGAAACCAAACCCGCUGGAUGGGCAUAAGCUGUUGGAGAAUAUUCCGAGUCCUGCUCCCGAAAACAAUUCAAGGAACCAACAGGAGGACUCCUCGAAAAGAAAUGUUGCUGGAUGUAAACUCUUUGGGUUCUCCUUGAAUGUUGAGUCGCCUACUCCGAGCUCCCAAAAUUCUGGUAAGAGGAGUUGUACAAAGGUUCACAAGCAAGGCAGCUUGGUUGGAAGAGCUAUUGAUCUCUCGAAAUUGUACGGAUAUGAUGACUUGAUGACUGAACUCGAACGUCUAUUCAGUAUGGAAGGCUUUUUAAGUGAUCCAGAUAAAGGAUGGCGGGUUUUGUACACCGAUAGUGAGAAUGAUGUAAUGGUGGUUGGAGAUGACCCUUGGCAUGAAUUCUGUGAUGUGGUGUCAAAGAUCCAUAUCUAUACCCAAGAAGAAGUGGAGAAGAUGACAAUAGGAAUGGGGAGCGACGAUACACAAAGCUGUUUGGAACAAGCACCAGUGAUAAUGGAAGCAUCGAAGUCUUCCUCGGUGGGGCAGCCGGAUUCCUACUCUCCAACAGUAACAAGGGUGUGAAGAUUGUUGUUUGUUUUAAUGUUGUUGUAAUCGUCACCGUCGUGAUCGAUGUGUUUGCUAUGUCUGCUACAAGUUGUUAAAUUCUCUGACGAAGAUUUCUAUCUACCAAGUACUUGUCAUUUGUCAAUUCUGGAACAUAUAGCUAAAUGUGGGGUUUGUGGCAUGAUUAUUAUGGUAUUUGGACAAAGGAAGUGGAUUGAAGGUGAUUCAAGCUUUUGGUGUUUUGCAAAUGGUACAUGCAUUUUGUGUU